AUGGGUUCUUUUCCUGGUCACGUUCUUCCCGGAACAUUGUUUCUUUUUGUUGGUGUAUGGCACAUGUGGAGUUCUAUUGUUAGAUAUGUAUCGAAUCCUAAAUCUUUUCGGGUCAGGGUGUGGAACCCUGUUCCCGGUUUUGAUGGACGGCUUAAGUACUUGGAACUUUAUCUCAUAGCAAUUGGAGGUUUCAUUGAUUUGUGUAUAGAGUUCUUAUAUUCGACCCAUCUCCAUAUCUUCGUCAACGGAGUCUUGAACCCUUCUCACAUGAAUAACUUCGAGCACUCCGGGAUGCUCCUCAUGUUUUUCAUCUUCGGUAUAAUAACACUGCUUUCUGAGAAAACAAGCAUUCUUCCCUUGCCCGAGGGAGCUUUGUGUUUAAUUGCAUCUGCGGCAUUCACUGCAGAGUACCUUCUAUUCUACUUCCACUCAACUACCCAUAAGGGCCUCGAGGGAUAUUAUCACCUUAUCCUCGUCCUCCUUAUUGGCCUCUGUAUUCUAUCGAUUAUUGCCGGUGCCCUCAUUCCUACAAGUUUUCCGGUCGAUUUAUGCAGUGGCAUCGCUAUAACACUCCAAGGCCUGUGGUUCUAUCUGACUGCAUUCACUCUCUACGGUCCAAUGAUGCCGGAUGGUUGCUUGCUCAAGGGAAACGAGAUUACGUGUCAUUCAAAUGAACAAGAAAUCCACGGAGAAUUGCUCGCUAAUGUUCAGCUAUUUGGUCUAGUUCUUGGUGUUCUUGUUGCUGUUGCGGGAGCAUAUAUCUACGCAGAGCCAAAAUAUGGUCGUUCGAAUUUUAACAACUCACAGGUUCCUGAUGAUGGAUGA